UCCUUCAUCUGCUGGCCCCCUCUGAGGCCUGGUGAAAUAUUGAGCCGUCCCUGCCCCCAAAUGGAUACCAGGGGAGCCGUCGUAGGAGAAACCAAACAUGCAGGAAUGUUUGCUGUUCGAAUAUGUGAUGAAAGUGGAAGAUGGCUUGAAAACAAAACAAACUUCAGUCUAUGUGUUGCUAAUAUGGCGACACUGUAUCCGAGCCCCUGGACACCAACUAUUGUUGCUUUGAUAGUGGUGAUUGGAUCUAUCAUUUCGCUCAUAACAUUAUCCAUAUCAUUAUUCAUAUUUUGUUACUUUAAUUGCUUAAAGUGCAGCCGGCUGAAAGUUCAUCGCAAUCUAUCCGUAGCGCUUCUUCUAAAUUUACUGCUGCUCAUCGUAUCAUCAUCACCAGUUCUAAUGAAUGUAUCCUACAGACACUCAGACUGGCUAUGCAAAAGCGUCUUAAUACUACAGAUGUAUUCUGGAAUGGCUAGUAUAAACUGGAUGUUUGUAGAAGGCUUGCUACUUCACAGCAGAGUGACAGUCCAUAUUUUCAAACAAGAUGCACCAUUCAAGCUUUAUUACUGCAUAGGAUGGGGAAUUCCGGGAAUUUUCAUUGGAAGUUGGUGUAUUCUCAUGUUUUUGUAUCAUAACACACCUUGUUGGACAGGAUACGGAGACACUCAUUACAUAUGGAUUAUAACGGGACCAAUGCUGACAGCACUAGUGGUAAACAGUGUCUUCCUGGUGGACAUCAUCCGUGUACUAGUGUCGAAACGCCACGCCCACUUCUCGGCGGAGACCACGCAAGUGAGAAAAGCGAUGAAAGCAACACUUUUACUAUUUCCUUUACUUGGGAUACCACAUUUGUUGUUCUGCAUCAAUCCAAAAGACAACGGAAAGUUAGAGGAAAUCUACAUGAUAGUCAACGCAGUCAUCAAGUCGUCUCAGGGACUUUUGGUUUCUGUUCUCUAUUGUUUCAUGAACAAUGACGUACAACAAGCGUUAAGAAAAGCGUACAUGAGAUCCGUUAUCCGCCGAAAUCCAAAUUACAGAUACACUUGUCGAGCUCGUGGUAUGUCUCAGACUUCUGGAACUUACAUAUCUUCCCAUUCAGAAGGAGGUAUCCUCAGCGAAGCAUCGGGCAGGCAUAAAGUACAGUGUUCCCGGACGAUUCUUCGUUUACAAGAGCUUCCAAACAGGACAAACCAUAAACAUUCGAAAAGUGUUCUGUUUUGAAUACCUUAAAAAUUACGAGCUUUGUGUUAAUUUCACUUACCGAAUUAACAACUCAUCAAAGUGUAAUGUAAUUUGUAAUUUGUUUUCGAUGUGACCUUAAUGUUUUGCACGUUGUCUUGAAUAAAUACAAUG